AUGUGUCUCCUUGUCGCAGUCCUUCUCCAGGUACAGAACACCCCACUGGCCAGGUGGACCUGGAAUAUUCAACCCAGUUCCGUUAUCUCCAUCCUCACCACCUUCGGCAAGGCUGCGAUGAUGGUCCCGAUAACGGCCUGCCUCAGUCAGUUAAAGUGGAGGCACAUGCAGCGACAAGCACGCCCCCUGAAUCACCUACAGACUUUUGAUGAUGCGAGCCGUGGCCCAUGGGGAUCUGCCAUCAUGGCAUGGAAAAUGCCUCUACAGUCACCCCUCGGCUGGGCUUUGGCCAUCGUUACCGUUGUUGCUCUCGGAAUGGAACCAAGCGCCCAAAACAUUCUCGAUUUUCCCAGCAUCGAGUGGAAAGUCACAAAUGGGACGGUCGCCAAGAUGUACUCUUCAAAAAGUUUUCACCCACAAGAGGAUAACUGUAAGUCACAAAUAAGCAUCAAGUCACCGACGUGUUUCUGA